GAAAAAAAAAAUCAUAAAUGAAAUGUUAAUUAAUAACAUAUUAAUAUAAAUAAGAUUUAUAGAUAAAAUAUACUAGAAGAUGCUUUUUUAAUGCUUGUUACUUCAUGUUUUUAUCUGUCCAACAACAGAAACAUUGGUAUUGCCAUUGGCUUAUCAGUUGUGGGGGUUGUGGUCUUCAUCAUCUUGUUCAUCACCUGCUGCUGCUGCCCCUGCUGCUGUAUCUAUCGAAUGUGCAGAAAACCCAGACCUGAGGUACAAACACAUGUAACUACAGUCAUGAAUACACAAUCCAUUCAGAUGCAGCCUGUAAUGCAGGAAGUCCAGUACACACAAUACCAACCAGUGCCAACUCAACCAAGUUACGGAGGUCAGCCUAUGCAGACAGGACCAUAUCAGGAACAGUCAAAUGCACCAGGACCCCCACCCUCAUAUGACAUGGCCAUGAGUCCUGGAUAUCCCACUAUUCAGGGUGCAUAUGACGGAGACCAGGCCAUGUAUGAGACAUGCAGCGGUGGAUCGGAGGAUAAUGCUGAUACCGAUGAGUUCAUAUCGCUGACAGCUUCAAGUGUGCCACUUGCCUGGGCCAUGCCCACGCUGACUCUGCGCUCACUGAGACAGACUGCUCUCGCUCUCACGCAGCACUUUGAUCUGCUGAUGUGUUUACACUUUCAGAUGUGGACCCGCCUGGGCCACGCCCACGCUGAGGCUGCACUCAGUGAGGAAGACUGCUCUCACUGCGAGAGCAUGAGUGUCACGUAG